AAACUAUUGGACCUCUUGGGAUAUCGACACAGAUACAAUCUAAAGAUGAUGAAUAAAUGAUAUGAUAUUGUAAUUUUGUUUCAUAUUCAUUGUUACAUUUGUGCUUUUAGCAUGGAUAUUCAUGUUAAUGAAACCUUUGCUUUUAAAAUGCGUCAUUUGUUUGCUUUUCAACGUGAUUGUCCUUGAGACAACCUUUUAUGUCCUUGAGAAGGAUCAUAUCUGUUAUAUUAAGAUUGUGUUUAAAAUUUAAAUUUGUAGAGAAAUUUUUUAAUAUUUUGGACUUUAUAUUCAUUGCUAACCCAUAAAAUUCUACACGUAUGCUUGUGGUCUUCUGUAAACUAGCAUGAUAGAUCGACGAUGCUUUAGGCAGAGGCAACAUUCAGCCUCUGCAAAUUCUGAGAGUUCUUAUAGUGGGAGUGCAGAUGAGAGUUCUUAUAGUGGGAGUUCAGAUGAGAGUUCAGAGGAGAGUACACACAUCAUACCUGAUCCAUCCAUGUCAUGGUAUCCUCCAGGUAGCUUGCCUAGUACAUCAUCGAGUACUGGUUCGACACAUGACACUACUGCUGGUCAUAGUUCGAGAGGCCCAACACUCAUGCAUGGUAGUGAUUGGAACCCAAGUGGUGGCAUUUUACAUAUUGUGCCUAAUGAGUUGAACCAAGUGGUUGAAGGGUAUACACCCUUGGCUUCUCGUUUGGGUGUUUUAGCUCGAGAUGGGAACCUUAUGCCCCUCACUUAUAGAACUUGGAGCCAUGUACCGAAGGAAAACAAAUAGAGAAUUUGGAGAGAA